AUGAAUGCUUUAGCAGCAACAAACAGAAACUUCAAGCUAGCUUCUAGGCUUCUGGGUUUGGAUUCUAAGCUCGAGAAAAGUCUUCUCAUCCCUUUCAGAGAAAUCAAGGUGGAAUGUACCAUACCGAUGGACGAUGGGACAUUGGCAUCGUUCGUUGGUUUCAGAGUCCAACACGACAAUUCAAGAGGUCCCAUGAAAGGCGGAAUCAGAUAUCAUCCCGAGGUUGAGCCGGACGAAGUGAAUGCAUUGGCUCAGCUCAUGACAUGGAAAACAGCAGUGGCUAAGAUUCCGUACGGAGGAGCCAAAGGAGGGAUCGGUUGUGACCCGAGCAAGCUUAGCAUCUCUGAACUCGAGCGAUUGACUCGAGUUUUCACUCAGAAGAUUCAUGAUCUCAUUGGGAUUCACACUGAUGUUCCAGCUCCAGAUAUGGGCACUGGUCCUCAGACAAUGGCUUGGAUUCUUGAUGAGUACUCUAAGUUCCAUGGAUACUCUCCUGCAGUUGUCACUGGAAAACCCAUUGAUCUUGGUGGAUCGCUAGGGAGAGACGCUGCUACUGGAAGAGGAGUCAUGUUUGGAACCGAAGCUUUGCUUAACGAGCACGGCAAGAGCAUUUCAGGGCAGCGUUUUGUCAUCCAGGGAUUUGGGAAUGUGGGUUCAUGGGCGGCGAAGCUGAUAAGUGAAAAGGGUGGGAAGAUAGUUGCGGUGAGUGACAUAACCGGAGCAAUCAAGAACAAGGACGGUAUCGAUAUCCCGAGCUUGCUCAACUAUACCAAAGAGCACAGAGGUGUUAAAGGCUUUGAUGGCUCGGAUCCGAUUGAUCCAAACUCGAUACUGGUCGAGGAUUGCGAUAUCCUCAUCCCUGCAGCACUUGGAGGUGUCAUCAACAAGGAGAAUGCGAAUGAGAUUAAAGCAAAGUUCAUCAUCGAAGCUGCUAAUCAUCCAACUGAUCCUGAUGCUGAUGAGAUCUUGAGUAAGAAAGGUGUGGUUAUUCUCCCAGACAUAUACGCAAACUCUGGAGGAGUCACUGUCAGCUACUUCGAAUGGGUUCAGAACAUACAGGGGUUUAUGUGGGAAGAAGAGAAGGUGAACGAUGAGCUAAAGACAUACAUGACUCGCGGAUUCAAGGACUUGAAAGACAUGUGCAAAACUCACGCCUGCGAUCUCCGGAUGGGAGCUUUCACACUCGGUGUCAAUCGUGUGGCUCGAGCUACCGUUCUCAGAGGAUGGGGAGCUUGA